AUGCCUUCAGCUACAAACGGCUCCAACGGGUCCGCACAGAAAGUCACCUUCGACACUUUUCAGAAUGUAAUUAAUGGCAAGCUGGUAUCGAGUUCCCAGGUGCGCCAUGGAAUUAAUCCCGCCACCAAGAAAGCGCUCCCAGAUGUACCAGUUGCAACACAGCAGGAUGUGGACGCAGCUGUGAAGGCAGCAAGGGACGCCUUCCCUGGGUGGUCGAAAACAAGUAUCGAAGAUAGACGAGCUGCAAUGCUUAAAUUCGCCGAGGCUUUCAAAGCCCAAGCAGAGGACUUUGCGAAAUUGUUGACAACAGAACAAGGAAAGCCUCUUCAAUUUGGCCGCUUAGAGGUUGACGGCGCGUAUCAUUGGUUAACUUCCAUAGCCAACCUAGACAUGCCCGAAGAGAUUCUUGAGGAUAAUGAAGACCGCAAGGUUAUUGUUCGAUACACUCCCCUCGGCGUCGCUGUUGCCAUUGUUCCGUGGAAUUUCCCUGUCCAGCUCGCCAUGGGAAAGAUUGCAGGAGCUCUUUUGACUGGCAAUACCCUCAUCUUCAAGCCGUCGCCUUUCACUCCUUAUUGCGGUCUUAAGAUUGCGGAGCUUGCUCAGUCAUACUUUCCUCCGGGGGUCUUCCAGGCUUUGAGCGGAGAUGACAUUCUUGGUCCAUGGCUUACCGCUCAUCCUGGUGUUGACAAGAUCACCUUCACUGGUUCGACUCCUACUGGGAAGAGGGUUAUGGAGAUGGCUAGUAAGACGCUGAAGAGAGUUACUCUUGAACUGGGAGGAAACGAUGCAGCAAUCAUCUGCAAGUCUGUAGACAUCAAAACCGUCGCGCCCCAAAUUGCGACACUAGCUUUCUUGAACUCCGGUCAGAUUUGUCUCUGCCUCAAACGCGUUUACAUCCACUCUUCAAUAUACGAUGAAUUUCGUGAUGCUAUGGUUGCCCACACCCGCACCUUGAAAGUGGGCGAAGGUACCGAAGAGGGCGUGUUUCUCGGCCCUGUCCAAAACUCAAUGCAGUACGAGAUAGUCCAGACAUUCUUCGACGACGUCGAGAAGCAAGGACACAAGGUGGCGGUUGGUGGAAGGACCGCAGACUCGCACGGUUAUUUCAUCAACCCUACCAUUAUUGACAACCCGAAAGAUGACUCCAAGAUUGUCACCGAAGAACCAUUUGGGCCAAUUGUACCUAUUUUGAAAUGGACAGAUGAAGAAGAGGUCAUUGCGCGUGCAAACAACACCAAGAUGGGUCUCGGUGCCUCAGUCUGGUCAUCAGAUCUCACCGAAGCCGAGCGGAUCGCGAAGCACCUUGAGGCUGGAAGCGUCUGGGUGAACACACAUAUGGAUUCGUCGCCGAUCGUCCCAUUCGGAGGGCAGAAGGAGAGUGGCAUUGGACAUGAAUGGGGUGCUAGUGGCCUGAAGCAUUUCUGCAACUCGCAGGCCCUGUUCUUUAAGAAGAAGGUUUGA